ACGUCAGCGCCGUGGAGGGCCUUCUUUUUAUAGAGCUAGUUGACUUUCAGUAGCUGAAAGGGAAAUGUCAACCCGCUUUUUGCUGCACGGUUUUUGGACACACCGGCUGUCGGUAACCCAUACAGACAUGAAUUUCGUCAGAUCUCGCCUAUCUGUGGGUUGCCUCUUCGGUCAGAGGGUACGAGGGAUGUGCAGUAAACUUCCAGAGGUCAAGCCAGAGUCCUCCCCAGCAGCUCCAGCACAAGAACCGCGUCCCUCAUUCAGACCCCCCGGCUGCACACCCUCCAACUUGGACAAGAAGAUGUUAGUGUGGGCAGGCCGCUUCAAGUCCGCAGAACAGAUCCCGGAGACUGUGUCCUAUGAGACGAUUGACAAUGCCAGGAACAAAAUCAGAGUGAAAGCUGCCUAUGCGAUGAUGGCGUUGACAAUAGGAGCCUGUGUGGUGAUGGUGAUUAUGGGCAAAAAGGCUGCUGGCAGAAAUGAGUCCCUGACUGCAUACAACUUGGAGAAGAAAGCCAAAUGGAGGGAGGAAAUUGACAAAGAGAAGACCCAGUGAUGGAGGACAGCUCUGCUUAUUAGUCAUAAUACAGUUGCAACCAGAUAUUUACAUACAAAAUAAAAUAAAUGCUCAACUUUUUUUUCCUCCUUAUUGUAUGAAUCAGACUAAACCUCUCCUGUCUUCAGUGAGUUAGGCUAGUUAUAUAUCAAUGCACAUAAAAUUGCAGUCUUAAAGGACUGCCUUGACAAAAUUUUCAAUAGAACACUAUACAUCUAAUUCUGCAAAUCAUUCUCUUAAUGACCACACUUGAUGUAUAAUUUUAGCAGCUAAAAUACUAACGCUCCCAGAGAAUCUUUUCUCCUUCCUUUGCAGUUUCGCUCGAUUCUCAUCUCCCCUUUCUGCUCCGUCUAUUCUUUCUCCCAUUGAAGUUGAUUCCUCCAGUAGGAAUUCAACCGGGCCAAUCAGCGAACAGAAGAAGUUGCGAACGUCUUCUGAUCCGUUUUAAGAAUCGCAGUCUGCCUGUAGUUUUAGCAAUGGCAGGGGAGGAAGCCAACGAUGCAGUUCAGUCUGUGUUGGCCACAAAUAUUCAAUUAACAGUCGCCUUGUUCAGCUUGACACUUCUCUCUUUGCAGUGGAGGAUGGUUGUUUACAGCGCAGGCAGUUUCUGGUAAGCUAAGUGGUGCACUGCAUACGUCACAGCUAAGCGUUAGCGAUUGGGUGAAAUUUAAAUACUUCAACAGAGUCCACGCCUCCAGGAAGCAAUCGUUUCUCAAUAGCCAAGAGUCCAGACCAUCUGUACGUAGCGAAGCUCAGAGCAAGGUUUUUACAAGGCUACAGUCAUUAUGGCAAAAACUUCAAGGUCUUUGUUCCCGCGUACAUGUCGGCACGAGUUCAGCUGGCAUCUUCACAACGUCUUUCGCUUUUCUUCUGAGGUUGGUUCACAUAUUUCACACAGAAUAGGUCCAUCUCUGGGACACAGUCUCCUUUCUAAAAGUUCAGCUGGACGAUCCCGUUCUGAUAACAGCUGACACUUGGGUACCUGGUAACUGUAGGUGACACUGAACCAGACCUUUAGACAUCCGCAGUAAUUUCCCCGGUAUCUUAGGUUUAUUUUAAAUUUUUUGAUGUCAUUACAUAAGAAAGCAGCUUUCGGCAUUAAUUUAAAAUACAUCCACAAUUUUGCCUCACUUUGACUUGUAAGCCAUUAAAUCAUCAUCAUCAUCUGGCCUUACCAAAUAGAAAUAGUCUGAUGCAUUGUCAGUGAGGAAAACAAAAAACCUGGACAGGUUGUUGUCUUUUUAGUUUUUUCUUUUAACUCCAUGGAUGUAAACACCUGGUCUUGACUGUAUUUUCGCCUAACUUGUGUUUGUACCAGAGCUCUCAACGUAUGGAGGAGUUUUCAGAGCGAGAACUCUGAACUCAGUGGGACUUUUUGCCAACCGGCCGAUAAGCCUCACAUUGCAGAUCUAAUUGUAGAA